AGGAGAUCUUGAACUAGACAGAAACACGCCGCUGGAAGCGGCUUCCAUCUUAUAUAAACACCAAAUGAUAACUCAAGAAACUAAAAAAAAAUUAUUUUUAAACUAAUGAUUAAGCUUGUCAAUUCUUCAACUAUCUGUAUUUUGACAGAAGUUCUUCAUUAAUUUAUAUAUUAUAAAAAGUUUUUUUUGGAAUUGUUGGAUUUUACGCACGAUUGAAUUGCAACAUUAUGUGCAUUGAUUAUUAACAUACUUAUGAAAGUAGUAUUCUAAAGUUUAUUAAAUCGAUCAAGUUUGAAAAUGAUUUCCUGUAUCAAUCGCAGUGCUGUAUGUGCCUCCAAGUUACACCGUUCAGUGUUCGUGCCAUGUAACUGCUCAGUUUUUCAACGUUUUAAAUCGGAAGUUGCAACAUCUCUUCCUGAUAAUAUUCCUAUUUUAAAAGCUGCAGUUUCAAGUUCUUCUGCUGCUCUUCGUGUCAAAACAAUCAAUAAAGCUAUGAAAGCUUACUUGGAAAGAGCUAAAAACUAUGAAAACUUUUUAAAAGUGAAAAGCGACGAGUAUGAAAUAGGCCGGCAGCAUUUAGCAAACAUGAUGGGUUUAGAAGCUGGAACUAUGACACAAGAAGACGUGGACAAAGCCAUUGCAUAUCUCUUACCAUCUGGAUUAUAUGAAAAGAAAGCAAGACCGAUGAUGAAACCACCUGCCCAAAUGUUUCCUAAAGAAAAAGCAGCUCAGUUUGAUAUGGAUGGCCGACCGUUUAGUCCAUUUUUUUACACGAGAAAAAGUAAUUACCAUACAGCUUUGCAUCAAAUUGUUGGAAAGUUUCACGAGCUUGAUCAGUUUGAAGAUAAAAUGAUAGCCAGAGGUAUAUUAGAACCACCGCCAGAAAAACUCUUAAAUCUGAGCGGAGGAGAAUGGUUUUCAAUCGAUGAAAUGAAAAAUAUGUUUCUAGAAAACAUCAAUGAAGUGGAAUAUUCAUUUCUCAUUCAAACUCUGGAACGCUUAUGCAGUCACCCAUAUUCAUUUCGGGUUAAGGAAGACAUAUGUAAAUACAGACGGGAAUUACAGGACAUUGUGUCAAUGACUGAAGUUCCAGACCUUAUGUACGAUGAAAAUGGCCGGCCUUACAUGGAGGCCAUUGGUAUAAGAAAGUUCUGCCAUGCUAAAGUGACAGUGAGGGGCAAUGGUACUGGUAAAGUCAAAAUCAACGAUGGUGAUGUAUUUUACUUAGAUCGUUUGGAAGACAGAGAACAGGUUAUGUAUCCCCUUGUGUUCACCAAAAUGUUAGGUCUGGUUGACAUUGAGGUUGAUGUAACUGGAAAUGGGGAGAAAGCAAGAGCGGGAGCAAUACGAUUGGGUAUCGCAUUGUGUUUGAGAAGUUUCGUGCCCGAUGAUGUCGAAAAAAUGAGAAUAGCCGGCCUGUUGACGAGAGAUAGGAGAGUGAGAGGGCGAAAGAUAUAUGGUCAAAAAGGUUGUAGAGCUAAGUUCACAUGGAAGAAAAGAUAGAUGUGCAAAUUUCAUAAAUAAAAUAUUGUUGGAAAUUAGUAAUUAGCUUUUUUUUCUAUUUACUUUUAAGUUGAUAAAAAGAUGAUUUUAGUUUUAUUAUUUAAAAAGUUUGAUUAAUCAUCAUUUAGUCUAUUGUAAAACAAGUUGUAUUACUAAGUUUGCAUGGAAGCAAAGCUGAAUGUGCAAGUAACAUAAAUAAAUAUUCUUUGAAAUUAA